UAUGAUAAUAAUUAACAACAGUACGUAACAAUUAUUCAAGUACGUAACAAGUUAGGAACUUCAAUUUAUAUCUGACAUUACGAGUCGGGAAGGUUAGGAAUCUUCAAAAAAUUUCAUUUUCAUAUAUUCUAAUCAUAAUAAUAAGUAUCAAAAAUAAGACAAAUCCAAAAAUAGCUGGGUAAUUUAUAAAAAAACAAAUGAGGCUACGUUUUAAAAUCAUUAAAAAUUAAAACAAGUGAAUUAAAAUGAAAGUUUUAAAUGAGUGGUUCGUUGAAGUUGAAUGGGGUAAAGUUGCAUUAAUAUCCUGGGGAAAUCCGAGAGGCCAACCGGUGCUAUUAGUGCAUGGACGCCAAGAUAGCGCGGCUACAUUUCUGCCGUUACUGGAACUGCUGUCUGAUGACUAUUACUAUGUUGCAUUCGAUAUGCCUGGACAUGGAAGAUCAGACACAUGGCCCAUAGGAAUGCCAUUGUCAAGAUCUUUAGGUAUUUUUGUCAUUGAUAAAAUAGUUAGACACUUGGGAUGGACUAAGUUUACAUAUAUUGGACAUUCCAUGGGCGCUGGACAAGGAUUGUUCUAUAACGCCAUAUAUCCAGGAAAUAUAACGAAAAUGAUCCUUCUCGACACCGACCCGGCUCUAUACUACUUGGUCAUAGAAGACUUUACAGAAUUCUAUUCGGUCUACGAUGAUUUCUAUACCAACUAUGCGAAAUAUAACAGUGAUGACCGUGUGUACACCAAGUCUGGGGCCUUGAAAGCUGUAAUGAGGGCUCGGGGGAUGACGGAGGAACAGGCUGAAAUUAUACUCUCAAGGAAUCUGAAGAAGAUUGGAGAGGGUCAAUAUAAAUUACUAUGGGACAAACGGAUGAAAAUUUUAGCACCGAUGAACUAUUCAUCGGACUAUUGUUAUAAAUUGUUCUCAAAGAAUUGUCCACCGAUCUUAUACAUCGUCGCUAGUCGAAGCUUUGCUGGCUAUCACUCAAAGGAAAAAGUCAUUGUGGAUGAACUAAUAUCGAAAUUGGAUAGAGAUGUUAAAAACUUCACAAUUUUGAAUGUAGAAGGCACUCAUGACGUACAUUUCGUGCAUCCAGAGCGCGUAAGUGAUCAUGUGCGUCGGUUUUUAGAAAGAGACGAAGUGAAAAGCAAAUUAUAAUUGAUAUAGCGUCGUCCCGCUUUCGCAUGCAAAU